CCCUUGAGCAGCAGCCACCGCAACACAACUGAAGAGCUGCAUUGCAUGCAUACUAUACUCGCCCGUAUUAUUCUUAAAUACGUGCACAUACCGGAGCUGCCUCACCAUGCAUGCCAAAACCAGUUGUGUAGCAUACAAGAAUGAGGUCGCCGACAUCGCCGUCGAUCUCCACCCGUUCAUACGGAAGUACAAUGACGGCCAUAUCGUGCGUUUCCUGAGCAGCUCCUUCGUGCCAGCGUCGGAGGACCUGGCCGCUGGCAGCGCCAGCCGUGGGGUGUCCACGAGGGACGUCGUCGUCGACCCAGGAACUGGCGUGUCUGCACGCUUGUUUCUCCCCUCCCGUGCCGCCGCGACGGGCAGGAGGCUUCCUCUCGUCAUCUACAUCCAUGGUGGCGCUUUCUGCACCGAGAGUACAUUCUGCCGAACGUAUCACCGCUACGUCACCUCCCUCGCCGCCAACGCCGGUGCGCUCGUGGUCUCCGUGGAGUACCGUCUAGCACCAGAGCAUCCCAUACCGACGGCCUAUGAGGACUCAUGGACCGCGCUCCGGUGGGUGGCGUCCCUCUCUGAUCCGUGGCUCGCUGACUAUGCCGACCCCGGGCGGGUGUUCCUCGCCGGCGAUAGUGCCGGUGGCAAUAUCGCUUACCAUAUGGCGGUACGCGCCAGCCGCGACGCCAGCAUCAUGGAUGUGGAGGGGCUGGUCAUCGUGCAGCCCUUCUUCUGGGGAACGGAGCGGCUACCUUCGGAGACGAACAGGCCGGAGGAUGCGGUGGUGUUGCCGGCACGCCGGGUGGACUGGCUCUGGCCGCUCCUCACGGCAGGCAAGGCUAGCAACGACGACCCCCGGCUCAACCCCCCGGACGAGGAGAUUGCGUCGCUGGCAUGCCGGCGAGUGUUGGUGGCGGUGGCGGAGAGGGACACCCUGCGGGACCGCGGGUGCCAGUUAGCGGCCCGCAUGCGUCAUUCUCCGUUGAUCGGCGACAACGUGACGCUCAUUGAGUCCGAGGGCGAGGACCACGGCUUCCACCUGUACAGCCCCCUGCGCGCUACAAGCAGAAGCCUCAUGAAAGGUAUAGUGCAGUUCAUCAACCAGGGUGCGCACUCGCCGCCGACGACCAUGGUUUUCCCGGAGCUCAACAGGCGCCCUAUGCUGCUUGCACAUGAGGCUGAGGUUGUGUCAUCAACUGUUGGGGCACAGACUCUGACAAGUGUUCUUCCUAGAUCCUUCAACGACAUAUUUGCUUAUCCCAAAGUUGGGAGGGCCCCAAGGUCUACGACGCGCAGUUCAUUAAAUCCUGGCCAGGUGAAAGCAUCAAAGAUAAGUAUCGGGUUCCUUUAUAGCCGACAAAGACCUGAUAAGGCCAACAGGGGGCCAUUUUCAGUUGCCUUCCGAGGGCAUUCUCUGGUCAACAUCUUCUAGCGGAUCAAACAACCCAAGGGCUAAUCGCUUCCAUAUGUUUAUCCGUGGUGGUACGAUUGGGAUUGCCUGAUUUGUUUUAAUCAUAUAUACUCUGUAUAUUGAUAUUGACAAAUGUACUUGCUUUAUUGUGUAAGGAUGUCUUAUGAAUCGUGUAAUAUCUCUAGUCUUGGGGAGAACCUAGUCCUAAAGUGCCCGAAUUUGUUUUUGUUAUCAGAUACUUCCUACGUUUUUAAAUAAGUGACUUAAAAUUAACUC